AUGCCCCCGAAAGUCGACUACUCCGUUUACCUGGUGACGGACCCGACACCGGCCAUUCUCGGGCCGGGCCGCACGGUCGUCGAUGUCGUGGGUGCCGCCUUCCGCCACCAAACGUCAUCGACAUCGGCAUCGACAUCGACAUCGACAUCGACACCCCCACACAUUGGCAUCGUCCAGCUGCGCGACAAAGACGCCGAUGCACGCACGAUGCUGGCGACACUCGCUGCUCUGCACGAAUUCACGGGCCCCGCGGGAGCACCACUGCUCGUCAACGACCGGGUCGACGUCGCCGUGGCCGCGGCCGCGCGCGGCCACUGCGAGGGCGUGCACCUGGGACAGGACGACAUUGACGUGGCGACGGCGCGGCGGAUGCUGGGGCCGGACGCCAUUAUCGGCGUGACGGCAAGCACGGUGGACGAGGCGGUGACGGCAUGCCGCGACGGCGCCGACUACCUGGGGCUGGGCACGGUGUUUGCGACGCCGACCAAGACCAACACGAAGCACGUUGUGGGCACGGCGGGGAUCCAGCGGAUGCUGCAGGCGAUGGCAGCGGCCGGGUUCGGGCACAUUCCGGCCGUGUGCAUUGGCGGCGUGAACGCGAGCAACGCGCGGCGGGUCGUUUUCCAGAGCGGGUUUGACGGUGGAGACAGCGCGGGGGAGGCCAGUCCCCCCAAGGCGCUCGACGGCGUGGCUGUGGUGAGUGCCAUUAUGGGCGCAGCCGACCCGUUCGCAGCGGCGGAGGCUCUGGCCGAGCAGGUGCGCCUGGGCAAGCACGAGGGCCCGACGGCGUUUUACCGCGCACCGGCCGCUCCGUUUACGUCGCUUGCCUCCUACACGUCGCCGUCCCCGCUGCCACCCACCGCCACCAUCCAGCGCAUCCUCCAGGCGCUGCACGAGACAACGCCGCUGUCGCACAACAUGACCAACCUGGUCGUGCAGAACAUCGCGGCCAACGUGGCUCUGGCGGUCGGCGCAUCGCCCAUCAUGUCCAACAGCGGUGUCGAGGCGGCCGACCUGGCGCGCCUGCCGGGCAGUGCGCUCGUCAUCAACAUGGGCACGGCGACGCCCGAGAGCCUCGCCAACUACGUGAAAGCCAUUGCCGCCUACAACGCCGCCGGCCGCCCUGUCGUCUUUGAUCCCGUGGGCGCGGGCGCGACGGCCGUGCGCCGCGCCGCCGUGCGCACGAUCAUGGCCGCCGGCUACCUGGACGUCAUCAAGGGCAACGAGGGCGAGAUCCAGACGGUGUACCUGUCGGGCCUGUCGGACGACGAAGCCGCGGCAGAGUCUGCCGGUUUGGCGCAGCAGCGCGGCGUCGACGGCAGCAACACGCUCGACGCCGAGGCGCGCAUCCGCCUGGUGCGCCGUCUGGCCGCGCGCGAAAAGUGUGUUGUCGUGCUGACGGGCGCGGUCGACUACGUGAGCGACAGCCGUGGGGCCCGCGUUGUGGCCGUCGCCGACGGCCACCCGAUGCUCGGCCAGGUCACGGGCACGGGCUGUUCGCUGGGGACUGUGAUGUCGGCGUCGAUUGCGGCCGCGGCGACACUGCGGCGUGCGUCCGACUGCGCAGGCCGUGGCCCAGACAGCGAGGACAUUGACACCUUUGCUGCUGUGCUGGCCGGAAUGGCGCUGUACGAGCGGGCUGCGGCACGGGCCGCUGUGCUGCCGUCGGUCAAGGGUCCCGGCACCUUUGUCCCAGCGUUCCUCGACGAGCUGUCGCAGUGCCGGCGGGCGGCUGCAGCGGGGGACAUGUCGUGGCUUGCGUAG